UAUUGUUGAAUUUGGUAAACAGAUAAGAAGAACAUCGACGGUCUUCUCUACGCUUUCCCUUUCCAAAAAUAUCCACACCGGGAAACUCUACAGAUGCGGCGGCAAUGGCGGCGGCCACAGUGGUCACCACCACCACCCCUACUCCUCUUCAUCCUCACCGUCACCACUCUCCUCCCUUCCUCAUCCUCCAUAGAUUUCCUCUACAACAACUUCACCUCCGCGGCAAACAUGACCGACCUCAUCCUCAUCCAAGACUCCCGCGUCGAAUCCACCGUCAUCCGCCUCAUCAACGAGUCCAACCAAUUCUCCUUAGGCCGCGUUUUCCACCCGCAGAAGCUCUCAAUUAUACCCGAUCCGACCCGAAACCCCACCCGGAUCUCCUCUUUCUCCACCUCCUUCGUCUUCUCCAUCCUCCCGGAUAUCUCCACAAGCCCUGGCUUCGGCCUCUGCUUUGUCCUCUUGAACUCCACAUCUCCUCCCGGCGCUAUCGCCAGCCAAAACUUCGGUCUCUUCCCCGAUAUGCCCUCCCGAGUGCCCGCUCCUCUCAUCGCCGUCGAGUUCGACACCGGUUUAAACUCUGAAGUCAACGACAUCGACGGGAACCAUAUAGGAAUCGACCUUAACAGCAUCUUGUCCGUUAAAGAGCAAACCGCCGGUUACUAUGAUUCUGUUAACGGAAGCUUUGUCCCCGUUAACAUGCGUAACGGACAGAACAUCCACGCUUGGAUCGACUUCGAUGGUCCGAACUUCGAGAUCAACGUUACCAUCGCUCCGGCCGGUUUGCGUCGACCUCGCCGACCUACUCUCACUUACCGUGAUCCGGUUAUCGCGAACUAUGUUUCGGCGGAUAUGUUUGUUGGAUUCUCUGCUUCCAAGACUAAUUGGGUUGAAGUUCGGAGGAUCCUCGCUUGGAGCUUGAGUGACACCGGAGCUCCUCGAGAGAUCAACACGACGGGCCUGCCAGUGUUCUUUCUUGAUUCUCCGUCGUCCUCUCUCUCAACCGGAGCAAUCGUCGGGAUCGUCGUUGGAUGUGUUGUCUUUAUAUGUUUACUUGGUUUAGGAGGUUACUUUAUCUGGUGGAAGCUGAUAAGAGAGGAGGAAGAAGAAGAAGAGGCUGAGGAGUGGGAGCUUGAGUUCUGGCCUCACCGUUUCAGCUACGAAGAUCUCUCCGCCGCCACGGACUCUUUCUCCAACGACCGUCUCCUCGGAUCCGGCGGGUUCGGUAAAGUCUACAGAGGAGUCUUGUCGAACAGCAACGAGGUCGCUGUGAAGUGCGUGAACCAUGACUCGAAGCAAGGGCUGAGAGAGUUCAUGGCGGAGAUCGAGAGUAUGGGACGUCUCCAGCAUAAGAAUCUUGUUCAGAUGCGAGGCUGGUGUCGCCGGAAAAACGAGCUCAUGCUUGUGUAUGAUUACAUGCCUAACGGGAGCUUGAACCAGUGGAUAUUCGACAACCCUAAAGAGCCAAUGCCGUGGCGGCUAAGGCGGCAGGUGAUCAACGACGUGGCGGAAGGGCUUAACUAUCUCCACCACGGUUGGGAGCAAGUUGUCAUCCACAGAGAUAUUAAAUCGAGCAACAUUCUUUUGGAUUCCGGCAUGCGUGGGAGGCUAGGGGACUUUGGUCUGGCGAAGCUGUACGAGCACGGUGGAGCUCCCAACACGACUCGUGUGGUGGGGACGCUUGGGUACUUAGCGCCAGAGCUAGCGUCUGCUUCGUCUCCUACAGAGGCGAGCGACGUGUACAGCUUUGGUGUUGUGGUGCUUGAGGUUGCGUGUGGGAGGAGACCGAUUGAGUACGCGGAGGAGGAAGAUAUGGUGCUUGUGGAUUGGGUUAGGGAUUUGUAUGGUGAAGGAGUGGUGGUUAGUGCUGCUGAUGAGAGAGUGAGGGCAGAGUGUGAUACGGUUGAUGAGAUUGAGUUGUUGCUUAAGUUAGGGCUGGCUUGUUGUCACCCUGAUCCAGCUAAGCGACCUACUAUGAGAGAGAUCGUAUCGCUCUUGAUUGGCUCGCCACAGGAGGAUUUGUUGACCGGACUCACGCCGGUAGCUGCUGCUGAUACCGCCUCUCCCUCUGCACUGGCCUGAGUAGCUUUUGUUGUUUUUGUGUUGUGUUUUGUUGUGCGGAAGAUGUGUAAAGAUGAAGACUGAUUAUUUAAACUCCAAAUUUACAUGUUGAUAUUAUUCAAAGACUAUUUAGAUA